GAUUUUCUAAUAAAACCUCUCUCUAGAAUUCUCUCUCUAGAAUGAGUUUCUAAAUACUCUCUAGUUUUCCAGACUUCUCGACAUCUUCAUAAGCCUUGAUUUCUUUCUUUCAUUCAUGAGUUGCGAUCUGCUCCUCUUCUCUAGUUGAGUCUAGUGGUCUGUCAAUACGACGGUCAAGUCUAGUGGUCUGUCAAUACGACGGUCAAAAGACAGUCGUGGGUUGAGAAUUCCUAACAGUGGUUGAGCACUUAGAGGCCGGAAGUGCCAGUUAAGCUCCCUUUACUUGGAACUGACCCUCGUCUGUUAAACCGACUUAGUCAAUACGACAUUCCGCGAGCCUUAGCUUAGUCAAUACGACAUUCCGCGAACAAUCAACUAGUUAAUAUGAGUUUUGUUUAGAUGAAAAAUCAGACUGCCUAGUGCCUAUCACCACCACCAACUUAGAAAUAUAUAUAUACGAAAAGGGCCAACUCAGAAUUCAACUCGCUUUUGGACCCCAAUUCACUCUCUUCUCUCUCUCUCCUAGAUCGAAAAGGGAAAGGGAUUGGGAUCGAAGAUGGGUCACAAAAUCCUCAUCGACCCUCUUCUUGGAAUCGACCAAGAUACAGUCAGAGUGAACAAAGAGAAGAAGAAACAGAGAACAAUUCUGAAGAUUUCUCUUUGUCUGGUUCUGAUUCUUGUCGCAAUUUCAGGCUAUUGCUUUAGUGACAACAUAACAAUUUGGUUGUGGAGAGAAGCGAUCAAUCACAAUCUUAGCCAUGCAACCGUUGGUGAAUCGAUCGAAUCAGAGAACGGUGUUGUGGCGGCUGACGACGGCCGGUGUUCCGAGAUCGGUGCUUCUAUCCUCAGAAGAGGCGGACACGCGGUGGACGCCGCCGUGGCUACUACCUUAUGCGUCGGUGUUGUGAAUCCGAUGUCCAGUGGAAUCGGUGGUGGAUCCUUCUUGAUCGUUAGCUCGACGAAAGAUUCCAAAGCUGAGGCCUUUGACAUGAGAGAAACCGCUCCAUUAGCUUCUUCAAAGGAUAUGUAUAAGAACAAUGCGAAUGCGAAAUCCAUUGGCGCAUUGUCCAUGGGAGUUCCAGGUGAGAUAGCCGGACUUUACGAGGCUUGGAAACGGUACGGUCGUCUUCCAUGGAAACCGCUUUUCAAGCCGGCUAUCGAGCUAGCCCGAGGCGGGUUCGUGGUGGCUCCUUAUCUCGGACGAGCCAUAUCGAGUCACUCUUCUAUGAUACUUAAAGACCCGGGUUUGAGGAACGUCUUCUCACGAAACGGACAGGUUUUAAAACCCGGUGAGACUUGCUAUAACCCGGAACUUGCUCUGAGUCUAGAGACUAUCUCCGAGCAAGGACCGGGAGCGUUUUACAACGGGACAGUAGGAGAAAAGCUAGUUAACGACGUGAAAACAGCAGGAGGGAUCAUAACAAUGGAUGAUUUAAGAAGCUAUAAAGUCCGAGUCACCGAUGCAAUGUCGGUGGAUGUAAUGGGAUACACGAUCCAUGGAAUGCCUCCUCCUUCAGGAGGAACAGUCGGUUUUCCGAUGGUUAUGAACAUCUUGGACAGCUACUCGGAACUAUACACUGGUUCUGGAAGGGAUCUUGGUCUGCACCGUUUGAUAGAAGCAAUGAAACAUAUGUUUGCUGCUCGGAUGGAUCUUGGAGACCCUGAGUUUGUUAACAUAACGAACGCUAUGAACCAGAUGCUCUCCAAGUCUCACGCGGGAGAAAUCCAAAAGAGGAUUUUGGACAACACAACGUUCCCUCCUGAGUACUAUUUGAACCGGUGGAGCCAGCUCCGAGACCAAGGGACGAGCCAUUUCUGCAUUGUGGAUGCGGACAGGAACACAGUGUCGAUGACCACAACCGUUAACUACGUUUUUGGUGCUGGUGUUUUGUCGCCGUCCACUGGAAUUGUACUGAACAACGAGAUGGAUGAUUUCUCUGUACCGGCGGAGAUCACUCCUGACAAGCUUCCUCCGGCGCCUACUAAUUUUAUUGAACCAAAGAAAAGACCAUUGUCUUCCAUGACACCUCUAGUAAUCACCAAGGACGGUGAGUUUGUGGCGGCGCUUGGAGGAAGUGGCGGAAUGAAUAUAAUCCCGGCGGUGAUUCAAGUGUUCCUUAACUGCUUUGUCUUGAAGAUGAAACCUUUAGAAGCUGUAGAGAGUGCAAGAGUUUACCAUAAGUUGAUACCGAAUGUUGUUCGAUAUGAGAACUUCACGGCGAUUAACGGCGAUCACAUAGGAGUAACAGAAGAUAGCAAGAUGUUUUUAGCAGAGAGGGGACAUGAACUCGAGGAGCAAUCAGGAGGAGCUAUUGUUCAACUUGUUGUUCAGAGUUUCAAGGAAGAAGAAGGAGAGGUGAUCAAUGAAAUUGGAAGGAGAAUUGGGAAAGAUUCUUUUAAGAAAUCGAAACCAUUCAAGGGAUUACUCACUGCAGUUAGUGAUCCUCGUAAAGAUGGGAAGCCAGCUGCAGUUUGAUUUUCAUAUUUUUCUCAUUCAAGUCCCCAUUUUCUAUCAUGUAAAGUUAAUAAGAUGUAUAUAAAACUCCAAAAAAUAUCUCAUUUAACUAGUAGGAAAUAUGAGAAAGAUCCUGUUUUUAUUA